GUGGCGGCCGCGCGGCGCACGACGGCGCCGUGUCCCACGCCCAUUGGGAUCAGCGUCGUCGACCACGCCGCAGCCCUGCUGCAGCCAGAGCUCAACGCGCGCAUCGAUGAGCUCGACGGGGCACCGCUGCCCGAAUACCACCCCCCGCGGGCCAGCCUGCGGGCCGCGUGCUGCACGCGCGCUGACGCAGUCCCGUGGCUGCUCGCACCGCCAGCAGCCGCCCCCGUCGCGGGAGGAGCGCGCCGCCCGCGGCCCGCGCACCCGCUCACGCCAGCGCAGCACAUCACCGCGGCCUGGGACGCGCCCACGUCGCAACCCACUCAAGCCAACCCGCUGGAUUCGCCCAGUCAGGUGCCGAGCGGCGUACACAGCGCGCUGCAGUGGAUGAAGCAUUGCCUGGACCUCGAGCACUGGGCCUCGGCGCAAGUCAGGUCGACUCUUGCCCUUGAGGUCCGGGCAGUUCUGCCCCCAGAUUACAGCGGGCCGCUCCGCUGCAGGGAGUUGCUGGGGGCAUCCGGGCACGCAAACCUGGCCGUGCGCGAUGAUAUCGAGCGCGGCUUCCCGAUGGCAGGGCCCAUGUCCGACUCCAUGCUCUUCGCCGGCGCGGGCGCUGGACAGCUGCCUAGCCGUCGAGACCUAGCGGAUGCACUGCAGCACGCGCUCCUGCGCAGGGACCACACGCUGAAGGAGCUCCUGAGCAGACCGCGCAGGGGGCCCGGCACGCAGGACAUCCUACGCCAGACGCAGGAAGAUGUUGCGGCCAGAAAGAUGGAGGGCCCAUGGGAGGUGCACCUCGGCCGCGAUGGCGAGAUCGUGAGCACGGUGCCGUUCGCGGAAUGGCUGCCGACGCAGCGGUUCCCCAGGGUGCAACACCGCGCGGCGACAAGCUAUGAUGUGCGGCCAAUCGACAACUGCACCGCGAGCGGCCUCAACCCCGCAGCCGCGGCCAUCGAGGCCAUGCGAGUCACGGGCCUCUCCGCGCUCAUGGCCACCAUCGAGCACGUGGCUGAACUUUUUCAGGGCUGGGGCAUCGACGGUGAACCGCUCCUCGCGAAAGGGGGCCACAAGAAGGGGCACCGCCAGUGGCCCGUGCGGCCCGACGAGCGCAAGCACGUAGUCACGCUGAUCUGGAGCGACGACGCGGGCACCGAGGGAGGCUUCCUCGCCUUCGCCCACAGGGCCCUGCCUUUUGGCGCCUUUGGCGCCGUCUGGGGAUACGCGCGCGUGGGCGGAAGCGUGUGUCACGUGCUGCAGCGACUGUUCGCGGUCCCUCAGAUGGCGUGCGUCCAUGAUUUCUCCCGCUCUUCACCGCGCCGAGUCGCCGCGCUGCAGCAGUGGAUCUUCGGCCAACUGCACGCUCUACUCGGCGUCCCGCUGAAGGCCGAGAAGGGGCAGGCCCCCGCGCAGCGGCUCGAGAUACUGGGCCUGGAAGCAGCCGCAACGACACAGUGGUCAGGGCUACGCCUUACCGAGAAGCGGCGAUCCCAGCUCCUGCAAGCCGUGGAAGAAGCAUCCCGCCUCGCGCGCCUGACCGCCAGGGACGCGUCCCGCCUGGGGGGGCAGCUGGGGUUCGGAAGCACCGCGCUCUUCGGGCGAGUGGGCCGCGCGUGCACCCGGGUUAUCAGUGCUCACAGAGGCGGCUGGACCGAGGAACUCGGGUACGGCCUCCGCUGGUGGCGCUCGCCCCUGACCAUGCCGCUGCACUAUUACCGGGAUCAUGAAUGCAAACGGAGACACGCGGUCGCCUGGGUAGACGGCUCCUGGGAAUGGGCUACCGGCGCGGGCGCGUUCGGCGCCGUGCUACUGACCGCCGAAGAAGGCUGGAGCUUGUCAGCAGAGAUCACCGAAAACUUCAGGCAGGAGCUGCGCAAGACCGGCAAGCGACAGCGCAAUACCCAAUCGGAGCUACUUGCCGCCCCCAUGUUGCUGCUGUCUUGCCCCGAGCAGCUUCGCGGCCGCAGCUUGGUCCUGCGCGAAGACAACCAGGCCGCGCUGGAGAACAUCCUGGCCGGAUCCGCCGCGGAUCCCGACAGAGGCAAAGGCGGACGAGAUGCAGCAGCUCUCCCAGAUGCACGCCCUGGUCGCGAUUCGCCACCGCGAUUGCCACCCUUCCUGCAGACCGAGCCCGAGACGUGGGCCGCGGUCGUCACGGCCGCCCGCGCUCCCCAACAGUGGACCGCGCGCGCCGAGCGCGCGAAAGCAGCCGCCCGCCUCGGUGCCACUGACGGCCCCACCGUCGCCGGCCUGCUUGGCCGGGUCACCUGGGACGCGCACGACGGCAACGUCACGCUGGGCUGGUUGCAGCUGCCGCGCAAGGGCAUCGUGGCGCAGGCCACGCACUACCACGACGGGUUGGCACAGGUACUCUGCAUGGCGUUUAGGCAGGCCUACCCUGGGCACGCGUGCACAACCACUGCGAUGCGCCAGGGCGGGCUUCCUCAGUGGCCGCGAGCCGCCGCCGAGUGCAUCGCCUGCCUGCGCGCCCGGGUCAACGCGCCCAAAACGGACUGCGAGUGGGUCAACGGCUACGCGGAGCCCCACGUCGCGGAUCCCACCGACGUCGUCGCGGGCUUCUUCCGCAUCCCCGUCGAGGGGGCGCGGGCCAUGCAGGGUAGCGCCGGGCUGGCGCGACGGGGCUUCCCACUGUGCGCGGCGUUGCAGGCGCCGUGCGAGGGGGCCG